AUGUUCACCAUUUCGAGUAAACUUUAUCGAUUCGGUGUAAUCCCUUUUCAUGUUACCACUGGUAGCAGGUAUAUUCAUUCAGUUGUAUGCGCCGUGUCUGGUGGUGUAGACAGUGCUGUUUCUGCAUAUUUAUUAAAAAAGAAGGGAUUUCAAGUCAAAGGUGUAUUUAUGACCAAUUGGGAUGUAUUAGAUGAAAAAGUCGACUGUUCUAUAGAUAAAGAUCGUCAAGAUGCUCAACCCCUAAUUAAAUCCUAUGAACAAGGUGCUACACCGAAUCCAGAUAUUUUAUGCAAUAGAUUUGUAAAAUUUAAUAUGUUCACAAAAGCUGUGCUAAAGGGUGGCAAUCAUGAGGAUAACGAUGGUGGUGAUGGUGAUUCAUCAAGUUUAAAAGCUGAUGCCAUUGCCACUGGUCAUUAUUGUAGAAAUUCUUUUGGUACAUAUCUACAGCAUAAAAGGAGUGAUGUUGAAGCCCAGUUACUACGAUCUGCUGAUCCAGUAAAAGAUCAAACCUUUUGGUUAUCAACUAUUUCUCAUAAAGAACUUCAACAUUGUAUGUUUCCUGUUGGUGAUCUGUCAAAGCCUCAAGUGAAACAAAUUGCUCAAGAUAUUGGUCUUUCACGUAUUUGUUCUAGACGUGAGAGUAUGGGUAUGUGCUUCAUCGGGAAAAGACGGUUUUCAGAUUUUAUUGAUAAUUAUUUGGAACCGAAACCUGGUGUCUUUAAAGAUCUUGAAACUAAUCUAGUCUUGGAUGAACAUACAGGUGUACAUCAUUUCACUCAAGGCCAAAAAGCUCGUAUCAAACGUUUUACUGGACCAUAUUAUGUUGCUAAAAUGGAUCCUCAAAAUCAAAUAAUUUAUGUUGUUCGAGAUCCAUCUCAUCCAAGUUUAUUUAUGCGUAAAUGUUGGUGUGGUCCAGCAGUGUGGAUCAAUUCCUAUCCAUUCUCAUCAUUGAACUCAAAAAAUAUACAAUUUCAAUGGCAAAAUAAAUGGCGUCCAGUUAACUGUGUUUUAAAACCAUUUGAAGAUGUCUCAUCAGCCGCAGCCUACAUUAAACAGAGUAUACAACGAGAGGAUCAUCAUUGUCAGAUAGAUAAUUCUGCAGCAUUGACCAAUAUCAUUGAUACAUCUAUUGAAGAAGGGAAUAGAACCACGGGACCAUGUCUUGCAGUCGAGUUGACUGAGCCAAUGCGAUGUAUUGCUCCAGGACAAUGGAGUGCACUGUAUGAUGGUGAAGUGUGUUUAGGCGCAGCAAUGAUAUACGGUUCAAUUAGUCUAUGGGAAGAAGGUCAAACCGCUAUGUAUAAAUGGAAUCUUAGUGAUUAUGAGCUGACUUAUGCUGGUUAAAUUGAUUCACUUGAUUAUUUCGUCUCUUUUUGAAUUUUUGUAAAUAAAUUUUAUAUCUACUAUGUAAUUGUUUUUCUGAAGUACAAAAUUUAUUACUGCAAAAGAUUUUGUAUUUCCCAAUGAAUGAAUGAAAUAAUCUGGACGACAUUGUUGUGUUUA